AUGGUGGUUUUGGAAAAUGUGUCUAUAGUGCCGAACAUAAAUAUCGAUAAAUUUAAAUCGGGUAUCAGGGAACUCAGUGUUUGGGCGCAAAUGGAUUCGGACAAUUUUGUACAAUAUAGACACCAUUGGUUUGCAAACGAAAACAUGCCUGAUAAUAAACCUGCAAUUAUGUUAUACAUACUAACGGAUUUGUGCUGGUUUUCAUUGGACAAUGUAAUUAACUACAAUUUCGAACAUUUCAGACUAGGGCAUGCAAAUUUGCUGGUACCAAUAGCAUUUUACAUAUCUUCAGAAUUAUUUAUUGAAAUUCUUGAGGCAAUAAACUAUUUGCACUCAAAAUCUAAACCAAUAAAGCACCGUAGUAUACAACCAAGCAAUAUACUAAUCAAGCACCAUGCUCAUGGACGUUUCGUAAAAUUAGCCGAUUUUGGUCUAGCUAUUGAACAUCAAACUGAGUCCCAGUCCCAUACACAGUUCCCUAACGCGGGUAAGUAUAUGGCACCUGAGGUCAAGCAGAGUCGCAAAUAUGGCCUAUCAUCAGAUGUUUACAGCAUUGGCGUUUUGGCACAGGAUCUAUUUAACUUCGAUAUUAAUAAGUUUGAGUAA